GAUGAACUGGCUAGUGUUGUGACGCACAACAUGAGACUUGAUGACGAUUUCGACUGUGGACCAUCAGAUGUUUCUUGUGAUUGGACAAAGCGCGAAUUCGUCUUGGUGCUUGACAAGAUGUUUCUUCCCGAAGUUGAUGAUGGUGUGGAUCCGAUUGAAGCGAAGAAAUUAUGGAUGAGGUUUGGUGUGACAGCGGCUGCUCAUGUGUACAAAUCUGUUGGUCAGUGUGCAUCACAAGCACUGCGUGUGUGGCUGACGAAUGCAGCGUUAGCGGUGAUUCUCCAUGGACUUCUGGGAGAGUUGACGACGUCAACAGAGGGAGAUGCAGGUGGAAACACAGCUUCUCCUGAAGAAGCCACAAGCGAAUAUAUAUCACUACCGGAUGAUGUAUGUUCAAAUGGUCGUGAGGAUGGAAAUUGGAGUUAUGGCUGUUGGACAGUGGAGAAUUUGGCGAGUAGUUCCGAGAUGAGAGAUGUUGUGAGAGGAGAGAUGAUGAAUGCAUGCAUCUCAGUGAUGAUGGCGGCUGUUGUGAACUACUUUGAGGAGAGGUGUUACACACCGAGUGGCUUUCGGAGGGACAGCUACGCGUGGCGAAUACUUCGAAGUGGUGUGAUGGAGAAAUAUGGUCUGACAGAUGAGGGUGAUAAGGAGAAGGCGAUGCUGAUCACUGGUCGAUGGGUCUCGAAAUUGGUUGUUUUCCGUAUGGCGACGGAACACCGACAGCUUCAUCAUCCAAUCAGAUCUGUGAAGGCGAUUGGUUACAACAAUCAGUCACUCAAGAAACUGGAUGUCGGUAAAUAUUUCUAUCAAGUACCAGCUGGUUUCACAUACACUCGAAUCGCCUACGCUAUCGCCAACAGGAUGGUUCGAUCUGUGUGCAUCCCCUUGUUCGAGAAUCUCCAUGAACUGAAUGAUCUCCGAAGGCUUCACCGUCAAAUAAUUGAUGAUCCAUUCCACUACCACACAGAUGGUGAAUAUUUGACCGGUUCACCGAGGACAACAACUACCGACACAGCGAACAACCUGUUCGGUCGACUCAUCACAUAUCUCAGAAUCUUUGAGCCGGAAAGUGAACUGAUGCUGUAUCCUCAGUUGUCUGUGAAUGGAGAGACGCGUGAGAAGCACUAUUUCGACUACAGUGAACGUUGGGAGAAUAUUUUGCGUGUGAUUCGUGAUGAGAGAUAUAUGCCUUGUGAACAAUGUCUACGAGAUGUGUUGAAAAUAAGCUGUGGUAUUGGGGAUCACUUCCCACCGGAUGAAGAGAUGGUGAAGAGCUGUUGGGAUGAAUACGGCGUUAGCGAUGACAUUCGCCAGAGAAUUCUCAGUUGUUAUUCAUCAAUCUACAACAUGGAGAUUCACUCAAGUGAAAUUUCACGGUGA